GGAGAUCCUUUCAGCUAUGUUCUACCAUAUAUCACUGGAACAUGAGAUUCUUCUGCACCCCAGGUAUUUUGGGCCAAACCUUCUCAACACGGUCAAGCAGAAGUUGUUCACUGAGGUGGAGGGGACAUGCACUGGCAAGUACGGUUUUGUGAUUGCCGUUACUACAAUUGAUAACAUCGGCGCAGGGGUGAUUCAACCUGGAAGAGGCUUCGUUCUUUAUCCUGUCAAGUACAAGGCCAUUGUCUUCCGGCCUUUCAAGGGAGAGGUAGUGGAUGCCGUAGUUACUCAAGUCAAUAAGGUUGGGUUAUUUACAGAAAUUGGACCUAUGUCCUGCUUCAUUUCAAGACAUUCCAUUCCAUCUGAAAUGGAGUUUGACCCCAAUUCUAAUCCACCUUGUUAUAAGACUGUAGAUGAGGAUGUCGUUAUACAGCAAGAUGAUGAAAUUCGCCUGAAGAUUGUGGGAACUAGAGUGGAUAAGAAUGAUAUUUUUGCAAUUGGCUCUUUGAUGGACGAUUACUUGGGUCUGGUGAGCUAAUGUGGUCCACCUGCUGUCGGAUGAAGCUCCUUUAUGCCCAGUUUAUUAUAGUAAAUUGUGUUGUGUUGCCCCAUAAGACAGUCAUCAUUCAGCAGCAUAUAGCU